AUGGCAACCUCUCUUCAAGCCGCCGCAACUUUUCUCCAGCCGGCGAAGAUCGCCGCUUCUCCUCCUUCUCGGAACGUCCAUCUCCGAUCAAACCAAACCGUGGGGAAGUCCUUUGGUCUUGACUCUUCACCUGCUAGGCUCACUUGUUCUCUCCACUCUGACUUCAAAGACUUCGCCGGCAAAUGCUCCGAUGCCGCUAAAAUCGCCGGUUUCGCUUUCGCCACCUCUGCUCUAGUCGUAUCGGGGGCAAGUGCGGAGGGAGCACCAAAGAGGCUAACGUACGACGAGAUUCAGAGCAAGACUUACAUGGAGGUUAAGGGGACCGGAACAGCAAACCAGUGUCCGACUAUCGACGGUGGCUCUGAGACAUUCUCGUUCAAGCCUGGUAAGUACACCGGCAAGAAAUUCUGCUUCGAGCCUACUUCCUUUACCGUCAAGGCAGAUAGCGUCAGCAAGAAUGCGCCGCCGGAUUUCCAAAACACUAAGCUCAUGACCCGUCUCACUUACACUCUCGACGAGAUCGAAGGACCCUUCGAGGUUGGUUCAGAUGGAAGCGUGAAGUUCAAGGAAGAAGACGGUAUCGAUUACGCCGCGGUCACAGUCCAGCUUCCGGGAGGAGAACGAGUACCGUUCCUCUUCACGGUGAAACAGCUCGAGGCUUCAGGCAAACCCGACAACUUCACUGGCAAAUACCUAGUUCCUUCCUACCGCGGCUCGUCUUUCUUGGACCCUAAGGGUCGUGGUGGUUCCACUGGGUACGACAAUGCCGUGGCUUUGCCUGCCGGAGGAAGAGGAGACGAGGAAGAGCUAGCCAAGGAAAACGUGAAGAACACGGCGGCUUCGGUCGGAGAGAUCACGUUGAAGAUCACAAAGAGCAAACCGGAGACCGGAGAAGUGAUCGGAGUGUUCGAGAGUCUUCAGCCUUCGGAUACUGACUUGGGUGCUAAGGUACCAAAAGAUGUGAAGAUCCAAGGGGUUUGGUAUGGUCAGCUUGAGUGA